AUGAGUGAUAAUGACGUAAACAGUGACCGUUCGCCUACUUUGACUCCGCCUAGAAAAUUACCCAAAAAAGGUGCUUGGACAAGAAAAAAGGAAGGUAACGCAUUAUCGCAACAUCGUGUACAAAAUUUUAGACAGCAAUGGUUAAACGACCCGACUUUUAAAGACUGGCUUUUGCCAGACACCAAUGAUUUAACAAAAGCUAAAUGUGUAUAUUGCCCGGGAACAUCAAUGGUAGCUGAACUAUCCAAUUUAAAAACUCAUGCCUCUACCAAGAAACACCUAGGCAACAAACCCGGAUCCAGUGGAAAAACACAAACAUUAACAUCGCUUGGAUUCCAAAGAGGUAUAACUCCACAAAAUAGAGAAAAAGCUCGUGCAUAA